UUUUAUUUUGGUACCGCGCGGUGACGUCAUACGGCAGCGCCGCGCUCCUGCAUCUGUUGUGGUUUGGCUGAAGAAAGGUUGUCCAAACACACAAGAAAAACUCCUGCUACAUAUUAUUAUAAAGAUGCCGUUUAUUAAAGAGGAGAGUGAAGAUUUGAAGAUUGAUGAUGUGAAGAUUGAGGAAACAGACACAGUCAAACAUGAAGAUACUGAGGAACAAACAGAUCUCAUGCCGCUGAAAGAGGAGUGCAUAGUACCGAAUGAAAUGGAAGAGGUCCAUGUAGUCCACAUGAGAGUUCACACUGGAAGGAAUCCUUUCACCUGCCAACAGUGUGGAAAAAGUUUCAACCAAAAAGGAGACCUUAACAUGCACAUUAGAAUUCACACUGGGGAGAGCCCUUUCACCUGCCAGCAGUGUGGAAAGAGUUUUACUCAAAAAGUAAGCCUUAACAGGCAUAUGAGAAUUCACACUGGAGACAAGCCUUACACCUGUAAACAGUGCGGAUUCAGUUUCAAUCACGAAGGAAACUUUGACAGGCACAUGAGAGUUCACACUGAAGGGAAGCCUUUCAACUGCCAACACUGUGGAAAAAUAUUCUGUACAAAAGUAAACCUUAAUAACCAUAUGAGAGUUCACAGUGGGAAGAGCCUAUUCAACUGCCAACUGUGUGAGAAGAGUUUUACUCAAAAAGUAAACCUUAAAGUCCACAUGAGGAUUCACACUGGAGACAAGCCUUUCACCUGCCAACAGUGUGGAAAGAGAUUUAAUCAAAAAGUAAACCUUGAAGUCCACAUGAGAGUUCACACUACAGAUAAUUUUGUCUGCAAAUUUUGUGGAACAAGCUUCAUUAAAAAAGGAUUCCUUAAAAGACACAUAAGAAUUCACACUGGCGAGGAGCGUUACGUGUGCCAUCAGUGUGGAAAAAGUUUCAACCAAAAAGGAGACCUUAACUGGCACAUGAAAAUUCACACUGGAGAGAAGCCCUAUGUGUGCCAUCAGUGUGGAAAAAGUUUCAAACACAAAGAAAACCUUAACAAGCACAUGAAAAUUCACACUGGAGACAAGCCUUAUACCUGCAAACAGUGUGGAAAGAGUUUCAGUCAAUAUGGAUACCUCAAAGUGCACAUGAGAGUUCACACUGGAGAGAAGCCUUACACCUGCAAACAGUGUGGAAAAAAUUUUACUCAAAAAGGAAACCUUAACAAGCACAUAAGUAAAUUACGCUGCAUAUUUUAAAAACCAUCAACAUGAGGAUUCAUUUGAGAGAACUGUUUUAUGUUAUCAGUGUGGAAGGAGUUUCGCAGACAGGAAUCAUGCAGGAUUCUAUAUUGAUGAGGUGCACUUAGCCUCAAGUCUGAGAUUGAGUCCAAUUAUUAACAGUGGAUUAGACAUGAACUCAGACAUUUUAGACUCAGGAAUUCUACAGAGUAUGGUCGAGUCCACAUCAUGUGUAACAUUAAGGGAUAUUGGACCCCAAUAAAAAAAAGAAAAGAAAGAAAAUUCUGUCAUUAAUUACCUCAUGUUGUCCAAACCCCCAAGGCCUUUGUUUAUCUUCAGAUCACAAAUUAAUGAUGAAAUUCGAGAGCUUUCUGAUCUUCCAUAGACAGCAACCCAGCUGAAAUGUUCCCAGGCCCAAAAAUGAAGUAAUGCAUUUGUAAAAUGGUUCAUGUGACAUCAGCGGUUCAACCAUAAUUUUACAAAGCUACGAGAAUACUUUUAGUGUGACAAGAAAACAAAAAUAAUGGCUUUAUUCAACAAGUCCUCUCCUUCAAAUCAUUAUGGAAAGUACCACAAUGCAUACAUGUGCUUUACUCUGCACGUGCUGUCCUUACUUCAUUUCUGGGCUUGGGAACAUUUCACUUGCGUUGCUGUCUAUGAAGGGUCAGAAAGGUCUUGGAUUUAGUCACAAAUAUCUUAAUUUGUGUUUGGAAGAUGAACUGAAGUUUUACAGGUUUGGUCUUUACUUUUUCUCUUGUUUUAGGACAAUUCUGGAGAAAAUUGGAUUGCUGGGAAACUUAAAAAUGAAAUGAAUGAAGUUGUCCUUACAUGGGUCAUACAAGUUACUUGUAAACGAAGGAAAGUAAUUUCUGUGCAUUGUUUUAUUUUUGUAAGUUGAAACUUCUAAAUAAAAGACAAGUAAU